GCAUACAAAUAAAAUAAUAAAAGAAUAAAAAAACCCCUAAAACCCUAGGUCGUUUGGUACCCUCCUCCCUGCCAAAAACCCAAAGUCGAACAGACGCAGUCACAAAACACCCUCUAUCUCUCAUCCUCUCCGGACCAUCAAUUCCCAGAACAAGCAAAAUGAUGAAGAAGGCCAAGCAAAUCCAAACUGUAACAAAUGCAGAUUUCUUGCCAUUAGAAGGCGGUCCGGCACGUAAGAUACCUAAAGGAGAUGAUUCCGAUAACAAAUCCACUGUUCUUUAUAUCGGUAGAAUUCCCCACGGUUUUUACGAGGAUGAAAUGGAAGGGUUUUUUAAACAAUUUGGCACGAUUAGGAGAUUGAAGAUUUCCAGAAACAGGAAGACCGGAAAAUCUAAGCAUCACGGUUUCAUCGAGUUCGAGUACCCAGAGGUUGCCAAAGUUGUGGCUGAGUGUAUGCAUAAUUAUCUACUGUUUGAGCACAUGCUGCAAGUACGAUUAAUUUCUCCAGAGCAUGUACAUCCCAAACUAUGGAAAGGCGUAAACCGCAGGCAGAAGACACCUGUUGACUUUGUUGAAAUAGAGAGGGUGAAGCAUAAUAAGGAUAGGACACUCGAGGAGCAUAAGAAAUUGCUGAAAACAAUUCUGAAGCAGGACAGAAAACGAAGAAGUAAAAUAGAGGCUGCUGGAAUUGAUUACGAAUGUCCCGAAAUUGAGGGUGCCAACCUGCCUGCAUCUAAGAAGAUUAGGUUUGAUGAUAACUAGUGUUUCUAAAUAAAAAAAGCUAAGAAGUGAAUACCUAUGAAGUUACUGUCAGAGCUAGGAAACAUCUUGGUGCUACCGAGGGCAACAUUUUGGAACGACGAAGACAUAUACUGUUAAAUGCAUAGUUUGUUGUAAUCAUCGCUUGAACACCUGUUGGAAUGAUAAGUAAGGUUUAUCUAUGGACAUGGUUCCUGUUGUAGGCUGGUGUUAUGCUUCAGGUCACAUAUGCUUCUUUCUUCUUUUAGGGUUCUGAUUUGUACUUUUUGCAUCUCCUUGCCCUAGGUGAAUGAAAGUUUUAAAGGAAUAUUUAGAGUCUAUACUUUCUUUAUUCAAUGCUUAAUCAGUUGAUAUU